AUGAAAGACAUUGGCAAGAGCAAGCCUACGCACGUCGCGCCAAAACUCCCAGAGCGAGCUGUCUGUGACUCCAAUUUCCUGUGGUGGUGGUAUUCCAAUAAGAAUGGGUCCCCGUGUAAAAAAUCUCAUCUAUACGUAAUCGCGCCGUCCUCACCAGAGACAUAUGUGGGAUGGGAAGAAAAGGAGAAGAGAAAGAGUGCCUCCAAGAUACGGGCUGCAGCGACAUUCGAGAAAACCGAUAGCUAUCCACUAGGAAAAAAAACGCCUCAUCGCAUAAAGACACAUAAACAAAAUAAAAAUAAAAAACCACAGUUGUCAAAACGGUAUGGCCUCGCUGAUUUUCUGGUUCAAUUCAGCGGGGGCUCCGAGAAGCCUGCAAAUUGUUCAUCGAGCACCCAGCAGCAGCAGCAAAAGAUAGAUGCUGGUCAACACACGACCUGUUUCAUAAUACUCAGGUUAUAUAUCUCGGCACAUGGCUUGCGCGAAAUUAACCGCGACUCCCUUCAAGAGGUAAAUCAACAAGGUGGGGAGUUGAGUGAGGGAUAUUGCGCACAGCAGCAGCAACACUCGUUAGGAAUCCUAUACAGCGUUGAUAGAAGAGGGCCGAGUUAG